AUGCGCACUACUACUCUCUUCUCACUGCUCUCAGCAGCCGCAGCAGUAUAUGAACCAAACUAUACAGCAGGAAAAAUCUAUCAACUUAACAAUGGAACAUGGAUUGAAAAUCUCACACAGCGUACCAAUCUUUCCUGUUUCACACGCCUGACAAGAUACGACAGCCCUGAAGUGCAAGAAGUUAAUCUAUUGCAUCCGCACUCUGGUCCUCGCACUAUCUAUACUUUUGCCAAUGCAACAAGCGCCACGGGUAUUACAGAGCUUUCCACGGAGCGGUAUGCAGUCCUCACACUGAACCACGCAGUCAAUACAACAACUGUCUCGAUCUGGACACUUCAAACAAAUGCCUUAUUACCAAUUGCUACCAAGGUCGCUGAUAGUAUUGUCGACUCUGAGCUUUUAAAUGGGCUUGCAGCAGUCUCACCUCAUAUUGUCCUUGCCACGAAUUCGUUUGUUGGUGGGAUUGUCAGGAUAAACCUCCAAAAUGGUAUUGCUGAUGAAAUCUCUGCGGGAGACUCUUUUCCAGCUGGUGUCAAUGGUCUCAAGUACCAAGAGCCAUACCUAUACUACACAAACAUGUUCGAGGGAGUCUUCGGUCGCAUCGCUGUUGAUCCAUCUACUGGUGCUCCCGCAGGAGAAGCGGAAGUGAUUGCAAGUGGUGAUAUUUUGGUUGGAGCAGAUGACUUUGCUCUUGCAUACUGGACCAACGCCGCAUUUGUGGCGAACUACGAGAAAAACACUGUUGUCCGUAUUAAUAUUGACGAGAAAACUGCCGAGGUUGUUGUCAAAGAAAUCCCUGCGCCAACACCAGCAACAUUUGGUGCUUCUGGUGGGUUGUUUUUUGCGACGAGUGGAACUGGGUCGGAUGGCGGGGCAAGCUUGUGGCGUAUUAUGGUGCCUGAGGAACCUCCAUUUGAUUUAUAGCCUGCCUCGCAG